ACCAACACUCUUCCAGAUAAGAUGCCGACGACAUCAUCAACGCCGGCUCGUUGAUGCCCCGAGGAUGAUUUUCAUUCAAGACUUCUCUCAGUAACACCGAGACGUUAGCGCGGCAAUUUCGAUACGCGUUCGAUAAAAGCGACGAAUGAAGCGAGCGAGAAAUGCCAGGGAUCUUAUUGAUUUCGUGAUGAAUUGUCAAAGUGACUCUGAUCUCAAUUCUUCGAUCACAUCCCUCGUAGUCGCAAACAGUGUUUAAUAACAUGGAAGAGAAUAUCAGUUGUAUGGAGGAAGAAUGCCUGAUCGAGAAGAGGCGGACUACUAUCCUAAAGGAAUGUAAGGAAAUAUUACAAGAAGAAGGAUCUGGACGCUACAGCAAAGAAGCCUUUAGAAGACUUUUCCAAGGUCAGGCACUUCUUCAAAAAUUAUUUAUACUAUUCGAUCAAGAUCGUGAUGAGUUACUGAAGCAGGAGGAAUGGAUCGAAUUUCUGAAAGGAAGGCUGACAAACGAGAAGCAAAAUUAUUUUAUCGAUCAAAUCGAAAGUGUGACAUAUGUAUUAUGCGGAGAGAAUCCAGUAAAUCUUCUCAAUUUUCAGCAGAUUUUUUAUACCAAAGGGAUCGUGGAUAAACUGUUCCGUUUAAUCGAUCAAGAGAACUCAGGAUUAGGAUACGUAACGUCAGCCCAAAUCAUGGAGUUUAUAUCUAGCGUGAGUAAUACCAGACCACGUGCUGGCUUCGAUAAAAAAAAUCUCGAAUGGCUCGAAAUGAUAUUUAAGCAUACUGUUGGGAAUGAGAGGGAAAUUCGGCGUGAAGAAUUCAACACAAUUGUCACUUCGAAGAACCCAUUCUUUAGGGAGAGAGUUUUUCAAAUAUUUGACAGAGACAAUUCUGGCACGAUAUCACUUCAAGAAUUUCUGGAUGCUAUGCAUCAAUUCGCUGGAAAGUCUCCGGAUGAUAAAAUCAAGUUUCUCUUCAAAGUUUAUGAUAUCGAUGGUGAUGGAUUGAUACAACUUCGUGAGCUGGAACAUGUAAUGAGAGCUUGUAUGGAAGAGAAUGGGAUGAAAUUUAGCGACGAGCAAAUAGAAGAUCUAACAAUUGCAUUAUUUGAGGAUGCUGAUCAGGACAACAAAGGAGCGCUUACUUUCGAAGCUCUAAAAAGGCAGUUAGAGAAGCAUGAAGGCCUGCUGGAAAAUCUCUCGAUCAGCAUAGAUCGAUGGUUAGUACCACCGCAACCGAAACCAAAACAAAGCUAUUUGGGAACGUUUUCGUCUCUUCGUCCGUAUCAACUCACAAAACCAUACAUGAAGAACAAUUACGUCUAUAUCGCUUUUAUUUCGAUAUUCAUCCUUAUCAAUGUAGCUCUGUUUAUUUCUCGUCUUUAUGAGUAUCGGAAUUAUAAUGGUUAUGUAAUGAUCGCACGUGCAUGUGGACAAUGUUUGAACUUUGAUUGCACAUUUAUCUUGGUCCUGAUGCUGCGGCAGUGCAUCACAUUUUUGCGAACACACGGCUUUAACUCCGUAUUGCCUUUAGAUCAUCACAUAUAUCUUCAUAAGAUGACGGGGAUAUUGAUUGGAAUCUUCAGUAUUGUACACACUCUGAUGCAUCUUAUUUACUGCGGUACGGUAAUCAUAAACGACGAGAAAAUGAAUAGCGGGAAUUAUACGAUGUCUGAAUGGUUGUUGACGAGUCGACCUGGAUAUUUUGGUUUGGUAGCAGGCAGUGCAUACCCGACUGGAGUAGUUUUGUUUAUUAUACUUAUUAUUAUGACAAUUUGUUCCAUGGCAUUUGUACGGCGCGGAGGCUGUUUUGAGAUAUUUUAUUGGUCUCAUCUGUUGUACAUACCAUUCUGGAUUUUAAUAAUCUUUCAUGGCCCAAAUUUCUGGAAAUGGUUCGUCGGUCCGGGCGUGAUAUACUUAGUGGAGAAAAUUCGUCGAUUAAUAUGGUUACGUUCGCAGCGUGGCAAGACGUAUAUAAGCUCCGGCCUCUUGUUACCUUCUAAAGUAACUCACUUGGUCAUCAAGAGACCACCUCAUUUUCACUUUCAUCCUGGUGAUUAUGUAUUUGUUAGUAUUCCGGUGAUAGCAAGAUAUGAGUGGCAUCCUUUUACUAUUAGCAGCGCUCCGGAACAGGAAGAUUAUAUGUGGCUGCACAUUCGCGCAGUCGGUGAAUGGACCAACAGUUUGUAUUCGUACUUUGAAAAAGAACAAAUAAAGCUGCAUCGUGGCGAUAUCUUACAUUGCAAUAAUGCGAAUACUCCCCAAAAGAAAUCAUUUCUUAGUAGCAAAAAGCUACCACUUAUUACGCGACAGAGACCUUCAACAGAAACGAUAGCUUAUACUCAUGAUAAUCCUGCGUUUGUAUCUGAUGUAUCGAAGACCAUUUUGCAUACACCUAAUACUGAAUCUUCAUAUUUAAAAACCCCAGAAAAUACACCGGAAUCAAAUAAGGGAUGGACGGAUAUGUCUGCGAGAAGAGACAGAAGACUCCAUCGAUUACUUUUUGAUAGCAAAAUGCCUCUUGAAAAAUCAUAUUCGAUGCCCGAUAUGCAAACAAGGAGUAAGAAAAAAGAACGACUUAGGGCACUUCGUGAUUACACGAGAUCAGAAUCGGAGAGAAGUUUUGAUGAGUGUCAAAUGAGACGUGCUCGGCUGAAAUCAUUGGGUUUAGCUUAUUUGAGCCCGCAGAAUAAAUCAUUGGCUCAAAGCUUCCGGUACAUGCGGACGAAACCAACUAUCAUCGCUUUCAAAACACCCAGUCUUGAAUCGUGCGAAUUCGAUGCAUCAUCAAACGCUGCAUCAAAUGCGAAUGCGAGUGGAAUUGAAAUGACACCUACCACACCUACAGUGACUAUGCAGAUUGCGGCAGAAGAGGGAAGAUUGAGAAAAGCUUUUAACGAAGCUGCAGAUAGUUCAGAGAGUUUGGAUUUGAAAUCCGAAAGUUCUUCUCACACAUCCAUAAAUUAUCCCGUAGGGAAACCAUUGGAGAUCUUUUUGGAUGGUCCCUACGGGACACCGUCGAGCCACAUCUUUCGUGCGCAACACGCUGUUUUAAUCGGCACAGGAAUCGGAGUUACACCCUUCGCCUCCAUACUACAAUCAAUUAUGCAUCGAUACUGGAAAGCGAGGCAUACUUGUCCAAAGUGUUCAUUUUCUUGGGCCAGUGAAAUUCCGCCCACUGUAAUGAAUUUACGAAAGGUUGACUUCUUUUGGAUCAAUCGUGAUCAACGUUCGUUUGAAUGGUUCGUUAACUUGUUGUCGCAACUUGAGAUGGAACAGGCUGAGUUAGGUAUUACCAUGGAACGCUUUUUGGAGAUGCACAUGUACAUUACAAGUGCAUUGCAAAAGAACGAUAUGAAAGCAGUCGGUUUGCAAUUAGCACUAGAUCUCCUGCAUGAAAAGGAGAAACGAGACCUUAUCACAGGUUUAAAAACCCGAACAAAUGCUGGUCGUCCAAAUUGGGAUAAGGUUUUCAAGCAGCUGCAGGAUAAGAAGAAGGGAAAAAUUACAGUUUUUUAUUGCGGACCGCCACAGCUUGCUAGAAUUCUUCGGUACAAAUGCGAUCAGUUUGGAUUUUGCUUUAGAAAGGAAUCUUUCUGAUACCUCGGAGGAAAAGAUAUUUGAUAAUUAUUGAAUUACAAGAUAUAUGAAAAAUGUUAAUAACAAUGGUUUAUUUGUUAUACACUUUUUGUACUAUUUUCACGAAUUAUAAUUAUGUAUAAUAAUUA